GUGGAAAGUGAUAAAGGAAAGCGACAGCUGAGGGCUGCCAGUCAACAGGCGGACCACCCUGGGAAAGACGAGAGGAGCGUGCAAGUGGGCCGCGUGAGACAAGCAAGAAGCGCCGCCGACAAGUCGACUUUGAACGACCGGACCGUCUCGCUAUGCCACUAAUCGUCAGGCCGGAAAACAGCCGCCCGGCAAAAGCCCUUUGGUUUGACCGCUCCAAAUUUGUUUUUCUCAAUUUCAUGGUUGAAGACAGUAAGGACGUGCGAGUCGACAUUCAAGAAGAUAAACUCAUUUUCAGCUGCAAGUCGGCAGAUGACACCGACAUUUACAACGAGAUCCACUUCUUUGAUAAAGUGCAACCGAAGGACUCGAGGGAGAGAAGGUACGAUAGGACGAUCAACGUGCUCUUGAGGAAGAUGAAAGAAAAUGUCGCCUGGCCCCGGAUGACCAAGGAUACGGGCAAGCCCAUUUGGUUGGCGGUUGACUUUGACAACUGGAGAGACUGGGAGACAGAAGAGGAGGAGGGCAUGGCGGAGUACGAGAAAUACCUUGAUAUGCUGCAGGGUAUGAGCAAGAAGGGCCCACCGCCUAAAAUGGAUGACCUUGAUGACCUGGACGACGAUGACUGAGAUUCUGAGCAGAGCCACAGUGAUGCCAGUGGCAACAGAGGAGAAAAGAAACCCGUCAAGAGCAGGAAUUGGCCAUUGGAUUACUUUCAAUGAAAUAUUUACGGAGUAAAAUCUAAAGAAUAAAAGGGUCUACAUUUUGUUAUUAAGUUGUACAAUAUUUGUCUUUUUUUAUGCCUGCUGAAAGCCUUUGCCCUUUGUUUUGUAACUUAUUGAAUCUUUAAUUAAACACCCUAAAGCUUA